CGCAUGCAAAAGAUUUGCGAAAGGGUUUAUUGUUUCUUUGCUUUCGGGAGCCGAAAUUGUUUGCUAUCUGCUCACUUCUACAAUCAAAUAACGACACGGAAAAAUGGCUGGUGGCAAAGCAGGAAAGGACAGCGGCAAAGCCAAGGCCAAAGCAGUGUCCCGCUCCCAGAGGGCUGGGCUCCAGUUCCCAGUGGGUCGUAUCCACAGGCACUUGAAGACUCGCACAACCAGCCACGGUCGUGUCGGAGCCACAGCAGCUGUGUACAGCGCUGCCAUCCUCGAGUACCUCACUGCUGAAGUACUAGAGUUGGCGGGCAAUGCCUCCAAAGACUUGAAGGUGAAGCGUAUCACUCCCCGUCACUUGCAGCUGGCCAUCCGUGGUGACGAGGAGUUGGACUCCCUUAUCAAGGCAACGAUUGCUGGAGGAGGUGUCAUUCCCCACAUCCACAAAUCCCUCAUUGGGAAGAAGGGCCAGCAGAAGACUGCAUAGAUGCCGUGACGACCAGACAUUUCGGGGCUUGGGCUUUGAUCGGACCAGGAGUUCACAUUUGUUCUUUUUUAUUAUUAAUAUUAUAGCAAACGAAGAGUGAUUGUUAGGCUUUGUGUUGUUAUAUUUUCCCAUAACUAGAAAAAAGUUGCGAACACCCUUAACGACAGAAACCCUUUGUAUGUUAUCGUAGAACGUCUGACUGGGGAGCUCAUGAUGAUUUGAAAUGCAGACAGUGAAUUUGUUUGAUUGGCCUGGGACUGUAAUGUUUUAUACUGAAAAAGAAAUUGUUAAACCAUUUUUUAUAUAAAAAAACAAAUCUUGUUUUGUGGUUAUUUUCUUGAAGUUCUGAUAUUUACUACAACACGUUUUUAGGAUGAUUUUUGGACAGCAGCAGGCAGCAACGUGUGAGAUGGUGCUUUUGUUCCUUUUGACUUACUGUAAGAUUUGAACUGCACACGGACAGUGAUGUAUUAAAAGCUGAAGUUUUUACAUCUAAAUGAAAUAUUGAAAACGACUUGUUGUAACAGUGCUGCAGUGUUUUGUGUUCAUGUUUACAGCAGCUGGAGAAGAACUGUGUUGAGCUUGAACGUGCGUGUUGACAGUGAUGCUGGACUGCUGUGAUCAGCUGGUCUGGCUGUGGAGCAACCAUCCAGCCGCUCUGCUGACUGCAGCUGGUACCCUCCUGUGUCAGCAACAUGUGUUGAGGAUUGAACAUGUGGCAGAUCUGAACCACAUCAGUGCUGAAAUAUUGACCUGCAAGACUUACAUGUGUAGACGAACUGUCCCACCUACAAGUAUAGAGCUUAGAGCCUUUUUUAAAACUGUGUUCAGGGAAAUGACUUUGCGUAUUAUAUCUUUGAAUAAAUACACUUGGCAUGUCA